AUGACCGUCACUCGGAGAAUGAAUACGACGAACAAGGACGUUGAUGGUGGACAGCGUGGAUCCGGCCGCAACAUUGGAGAAUCUCGGCAAGUCCCUUUGCAUAGUGUUUCUGUUCAUGGCUCCAGGGGGAAGGCUAGAAGCGCAAAUGAAGAUUGCAUGAUGUUGCCACCGGCGGUUGAGUACGAUAAGGCAUGUGCAAUUUUCAAAGAUCUAUUUGGGCGCUCGCACGAUGUAGCGCGCUCACUUUUAGAUGGAUUACUGGAGGGUCUCAACAUGAAUGGCGUGGACGCUGAUGUAUUGUCAUGUCUAGCUAUUCGAAUGGAAAGCUAUAUGAUUGCCCUGGAACAAAUGGGUUACACGGCUGAUCUUAAUUCGCUUAGCACGUUGGAACAAAUAGUUUAA